AUGAGUUUGUUUGCCAAGAAUGUCUCGGCAACUAUUACCAACUUUGUUCUGGUGGGGAUUAUUGAGAUUGAAUCAUUUCGAUAUGUAUGUGCUGUUUUGGCUCUUGCAUUAUUUUCAGUCGCAUUGUUUAUGACUUCUAUGAUUGUCUAUAUAAUAUGGACAGAAAAAAGCUUGCAAGAACCUAUGUACAUCUUAAUAUGUAUGUUGGUUAUCAAUGGGAUGUUGGGGAACUCAUCAUAUUUUCCGAAGCUGGCCAUUGACUUGUUGUCUGGAUGCUCCACCAUCUCCCUCGCAGAAUGUCUCUGCCAAUCUUUCUGUCUCCAGCUUUAUGCAUGGGUUGAAAUGUAUACUUUUACGGUAAUGGCAUAUGACCGAUAUCUGGCUGUAGGCCACCCUCUGAGAUACCACACUCUGAUGACCAACAUUACAACUCAAAAAAUAUCACUUGCCAUAUAUGUUUUGAAUGUGGUGAAGGUAGCUGUGAGUGUGUUGUUGACAUCAAAGCUAACAUUUUGUGGGGUAAAUAUCAACAAUGUCUUUUGUGAGAUUGUGUCUCUACAACCGCUUGCUUGUAGUGAUAUAACAAUUAACACCAUCUAUGGAAAUACUUGGACCUUGCUUGAUUCAAUUAGCUGCUUGCUUGUAAUAGUGUAUAGUUACAUAAGAACGGUCAUCAUCUGUCUGAAACUUUCUGCAGAAUCCUCUCUGAAAGCUCUGCAUACAUUGAUGACUCACAUAUUGGCCUUCUCCAUUUAUGGGGUCACCCUCUUGUUCGUUAACUUCAGGAACAGGCUAAACAGGGGAUCUGCAUCAACUAAACUUGAUGUUAUAAUACCUUUGAUUGGUCUCGGCAUAGCUACUUCUGUAAACCCUCUGAUCUACGGGAUAAGGACCAAAGCUCUCAGAGAAAAAAUUGUAUGUAACCUGUAUAAAAUGGCUGGCAAAACAAAAUUUAAAAAAAGGUUAAAUUGGUAA